AUGGACAUUCUUUCUCCGACGCCGUACACACGCCUUAAAUCACCGUUUACGGGUUUCCACACAAAUCAAUCUCCUCCGUCCAUCUCGCUUCCGCCUCAUCCCCGUCGACCAUCUCUCCAACUCAUCCGUACGUCUCCAAGUGCUCCUCGCCUCCGCCGUUGUCUCGCCGCUAGUCCCGGCCCGCCCCCGUCCGACCCGCCUCCCCAACAAGAUCCCGUCCAACUCGCCGGCUUCUCUAGACUUCAAGAUCGUGUUCGGAUCUUCUUUGCAGUUCUUUUCUGGAUGUCUCUAUUUUUCUGGGCUUCUGCAUUUGAUAAGAGGAAUAAUGGUAGACGAAACAAGGGAUCAAGGUUUAAAAGAUGACCAAGAAGCAGUUAUCCUGUAUAUAUGUAAGAGUUGAAGCAAUAUUAGGAAUACAUGAAGAAAAUUCAUCGUUGUUUACAUACUUAGUGAUCAGAAACUUGUUUGAAUUUGUCUUCACUUUUGUAACGUGUAUUGAACAAAAUUUCAGAACUCUAAAAUACAAUUUUUCUUCUGCUGGUAUUAUGACAAUGUCUUGCCU